AUGCCUACAACUACGAGCCUUCAAGCAAAAGAAGUGAUGGAGGCGCUUUCCGUUUUCAAAGAGCCCGUAACCAUCGAUAAAAUUGUGCGUUACAUGGCAAAAACCUAUUCACAGCCGGAGGAGAAGGUGAAGAAACUGGUCGAGGAGACACUGAAUGAAGUAGUCCGCUAUGGGAUUGUACUGAAGCACAAUGAGUUUUAUUACCGAGUCUGUGACGCUGUUGAUGCCUUGGAGGAGAGUUCCGAGGAAGAUGAGGACGACGAAGUUGCCAGCGCCCAAAGCUACGAAAGUGUGGACAGUGGAGACAUACCUCCGGAGCCGAAAUCGAAUAAAACCAGCGAAAGAAAGCCAAGUGGUGUGCACGCGCCAUCGCGACAGUCGCUGAAGUCCAAAAGAGUGAAUAACCGCGACGAUCGCAGGAGUAAAAAAUCGAGAGAUAUCUACAGCGAGGAGGAAGAGAAUGCGGGCGAUUCGGCUGGUGAGCGUCGUAAAAGAUCCCAUACGUGCAACUGCGACUGCUACAGUUCCCACGGCAAUAGCUCAAUGGACGACCAUGGUUAUUUGCGGGCUCGCAGUCGCUCGGCCCCCCGCCGCCAAUAGGGUGGAGCUGUUCAGCAAAAACAGGUGCAU